AUGGACGCGCGCGAGGGCGGCGACGGCGACGCCGGGGGCGCGGCGACGCGGGAGCGAUGGUCGGACGCGGCGAGCUCGGACGCGGACGCGGCGGUGGACGACGACGAUGAUGGCGACGGCGAGCUCGGACGGGACGGUGGAUUGGAUCGCGCGGCGCAUCGCGCGACGCUCGAUGCCCUGCGAGCGCUGCGGGAGCAGCAGACGCGGAUGAAUGGGAAGAUGCGUUGGCUCGCGCGAUCCGUGCCGAAGAUUUACGACGCGGUGGUGAACGACGCGACGAGCUCGAUCGAGGAGUUACGACGGAGCGUGGACGCGCUGAGCGUGAGGUUGGAUGCGGUCGUGGGUUCUGGACGGUUCGCGUCGAGCGCGAGCGGGGAGCGCGCGGGACGCGCGGCCGCGGCGGCGGAUGGGCGGUUGGCGACGGCGAGCGACCGAGCCGCGCCGUCGAGGAGCGGUAGUCCGGGGGCGAAGACGCCGAUCAAGAGUGUCGGAAGGGUGGCGUCGAUACGAACGACCUUUGGCGAGGCCGUGAAUGAGGAGAAUGAGGACGUGGUGUCGCAGAUGCCUCGAGUCGGUCGCGUCGGCGACGCGGAGGACGAGCGAGCGAACGCGUCGGCGAGGAGUAAGUUUGAGAAUAAAUUCAAGGAAAAGGACAGGAGGGCGUCGGAGGCGAAAGAUAUUGAUCCGAGAAAGUGGACGCGGGAGAAAUGGAUAUCGCACCUCCGAUCGACGACACCCAAGUUUUUCGAGGCGUUGGACGACGUGUCCAUCGUCGACAUUCUCGAUGGGGCGAAAUGUUUCUUCGUUCAACGUGGUGCGCGACUGGUGCGACAGGGCGAGCGUGGGUCGUCAAUGUUCAUCAUUGUUUUGGGUAAGGUACACGUCAUUCACACCGAUCCGUUGAAAAAUCGAGGCGAACCGUUGCAGGUGGCCACACUGCAGCAGGGUGACUUUUUUGGCGAAAUCGCCCUCAUGACGGGCGAGGAGCGUCGCGCCACGGUCAUGGCGCCGUACGAAGGAGACGGUAACGUCUGGGUUUUAGAACUCAGUAAGGUAGACAUCGGAAGCGUAAUCCUGGCGAGACCGAACGUGAUGCGCGCGCUCACGGACGUGUGCGCCGAUCGUCGACUCGAAAAACUUGCGUGA